GGGCAAAGCGAAGGAAAGGGGGAAGGAAGAAGGCAAAGGGGAAGGAAGAGAGCAGCGAGCCGCCGCGCCGCACCACCGCCGCCGACUCUCCUAUCCUCUCCUCCCCGAUCCGAUCGCCCUCGCGGCAAUAUUUGGAACCCGGAAACCCUCGGCGCCGAUCGCCCCAUCCGUAUAUGCCGUACCACUGAUCGAUCCCGCCGCCGCCGCCGUCAUCCCCGUCGCUCGUAAUCGCUCUGUGGGGGAGCGGCGCCGCCCGAUCGGAUUAGAGGUGUGGACGAUGGCUUCCGUCGCUGACUCGCCCGCGGCCGUACCCGCUGGCGCGGGGACGCCGCCCCAGUCCGGGAGUCCUGUUGCGGCGAAGAGGGCCGCCACCACCGCCUGGAAGCGCCCGGAGAACGGGCCGGUGCCGGUUCUGAUGGCGCCCGCAAUCAUGGACGCCGACUCAUGGCCCGCGCUGCCUGGGCUGGUCUCUCCCCAGCCGCCGACGCCGCCUAAGGCCUCGCCUAAGGCCGCUCCUCCCCCGUCCACUGGGGCAAUGAUCUCCCCGGUCUCUCUGGGCGACUCCGGCGCUCUGGAUGCUAACUCUGAUCAUGAGGCGCUGGUGGACAGUCCACCGGCCCGGCGUGCUUCCGUGUUCUCUGAAGGGGAUGGGCUGGAGAUCCGUGCCCCUGGUCCUGAGCCAUCCCCAGUGUAUUCGCCUAAUGCCAGGAGCAACGGCGGGGGUGAUCAUCAUCAUCAGAACGGCCGUUUCGGUUCCCAUCCCCAUGGCCGAAGCGGCGGCUACGGCGGGGGGAACAGACGGGGUAAUGGUGGAGGUGGUAUUCGACAUGGACACGAGUACCACGGCGGGUUUGACGGGCCACGGCGUGGCGGUGGCCGAAGGGAUGGACAUGGGCCAGGGCACCAGCAGCGCGGUCAGCAGCCAUCGUACAUUAGGGCUCCUCCUCCUCUGGCUGUUGUGGCGGCGCCACCUCCUACACCAUCAUUUGUUGGCCCUGCUGCUCCACAGACACCACCUUAUGGGCCGCCUAUGAGUUUCCCUGCAGAGAUGGCACCUCAUGUUUACUAUUUUGCCGUGCCCCCCUCGGAUGGCCUUCAAGCCCUUCCUUUUGUGCCUCCUCCUCCAACCCCUCCUCCAGCCAUGUUAAUUUCUCCCUUCGAACAUCUUCAAAGGCAGCUGCUGGUGCAAAUAGAAUACUACUUUAGUGAUGAAAAUUUGUGCAAGGAUAUAUACUUGCGGCAACAUAUGGAUGACCAGGGUUGGGUGCCAAUAUCCUUGAUUGCUUGCUUUAACCAGGUCAAAAAUUUCCUAUAUCGCAUUGCACAAGUAAGAAAGCUCACCAAUACUUUACAGUUUAUUUUGGAUACAGUCCGGCAGUCUCUUGUGGUGGAAGUUCAGGGUGACAAAAUUCGGAGGCGUGCGAGAUGGGAGAUUUGGUUGCUUCCAAGAUCAAAUUAUUCUGCUGGAAAUACGUCUGGCUCACUGUCCCCUGUGACAUCCAACAUUGAUUCAUUGGUAUCUCAGUUUCAAUCUGUUGGACUUGAGGGGACAGCAUACCAUCCAAAUAUGCAAGCAAUGCCCAGUCAAGCUUUCCUUGCUAGGUCAGCAACUUCAGUUAGCAUAGGCUAUCAGGCACCUACCUUUGGAGGACUACACAGCAACGGCAGUGAACCUAUUUUUGGGCAGAGGACCGCAAGAAGUUUACUCAGGAGCGAUACCUUUUGAGCUUAUACACAAGAAAGAGAGCAUGCCGAGUUUUCACUGGUUACGGCACGCUAGCCUCCUCUACUAGGAUGAGGAAUGAAGAUCCAGUUUGUUCCGAAAAAACAAAAAAAAAGGUAAUUUUUUUUUGGAGAAAUAGAGAUAGAGGUACACAAAAAAACUGAAAAAAAUAAAAUUAAAAAAAAUAUGAAAAACGAAAAUGAAAAAAAAAUAGUUAGUGAUAUAUGCGUGACAUCUGAAUUUUCAUGGUUGAGCUUUUGCAUUUUCGGAGAUGGGAUAUUAUAUGUCAGGUUUCUGCAUGAAUGGUGGACAGUCCGCUCUUUGUGUGUAAACUGAGUUAUCCUAGACAUCAUGAAUGUUAUCGUUCGAGGUCUGUUGAAACCGGACAAAAUUAUAUAUAAAAAGUGACAUUAGUAAUACUUCUUCUCUUCGUUCUUUUA